ACCACAAAAAUCAAAAAUCGCAAAGAGUGAGUUCAAAGUGGAAAGAACUUAAUUUUUGCACAUGAAAUGAUAAUAUUUUUACAGAUUUUAUGGGUUUUUGGUAAAGAUUUUGUCUCGAGUAUCUUCUACAGGAAAACUAACAACAAAAGCGUUCAGUUCGACGGCAUAACUCAAGAGAAACUUGACCGUUUCUUGGAUUUAGCAAAAUUAGUUGAUGAUACUGCCAGUAAUAAGCUGACAAUUACUACAAGACGGUCAUAUCCUGAAGCUACUAAAAUGUAUGAUGAAUCAAGUGAUGAAGAUGGAGGGUUUAUUUUAUCCUCACCUGCAGAUGUCCUGGUUAAUAAAGGAGCCUCUUCAUUAGAACCACAGCAUUCUCCUUCACCCACCGAUAAAACAUCAAGGGCAGAUAAAUCAGAAUUACAUGAUGAGAUACGACCACAUCCAUUUACUCAGAAAAGUUGUGAUAACACAGUGCUAUUUCAAAGCCGAAUGCGUCCACAUCCCCUAGUACAGAAUUAUGGACUUCCAUCCUCUAAUUUGAGACAUGUGCAGCCUCAUUCCAGUCAACUUAACAAUUCAAGUAUUUGUGUAGAUAAUGAUUUACAGCACACUGUAACAUCACAUGCAGUGACUUAUACAUCUGUUGAAAGGACACCAGAAUCAGCAGACAGUUACAAACCAUUAAAAACUCAUGCAGAAGAGUUUCCUGCUUUGUCAAGAGGAAAUUUAGAUAGCAAAAAUCGUAAGAAAAUGAAGCAAAGUAGUGCCAAAAAGAUUAUUGGAGGUAACACUGAUAAGGUUGAAUUUGAUAUGAAUGAAGUUAAACAAAGUAAUCCGAAAGUUUCAGAGAAGUGGUUAAAAAACACAUUGGAGAUGAAGUCUGUCUAUGAACCAUCUCGAUCAGAAAUGAAGAGUUUAUUGGAAUAUGUAGAGAAUAAAUGGUUUGAUCAAAAUCCUACAGACAAAUCUCAGGCUUCAACUUUGAUAAGAGAAUAUUAUUCAAGAUCAUGUCAUCCAUAUGCACUUGCUGUUUAUUUUAUAGAAAACUGUCGUGAUCAUAACUCAGGUAAAACAACAUCACUGUGUUACUAUUUCAUGAAAGAGUUUUUAGCAUGGUUAAAAAAUACCCAUGUUGUAAAUCAGAAGGAAUUAUUAACAGAGGAUAUCAAAUUGAGAGCAUUACAAGCUUGCACACGAUAUAAUACCGCACUUUUUAGUAUGGCAGUCACAGCAUUUCAGCUGAAUCAGCACGGAAAUGAAUACAUGUUGCCACAGAUUAAAUUUUUCUUAGAGAAAAAGAAAUAUAAUGAGGCUGCUGUUGUUGCUGGUAAAUUGGGACUUCAAGAUCAUUUUACCAUAGAUGAGAUAGCCUUGCCCUUAGUUCUGCAGGACAAAGUAAAUGUUUUAGAAACAUAUGCAACUGGUAACCUCAAACUACAACAAAUGGUUGUACAAAUGUUAGAUAGUCUGGUGGAUAAAGAUGUUGUUAUUGAUGAUAUAAUAAGUAAAAGUGGUGUAACAAAUCCAAAGAGGGAGAAAUUGAAUAGAAAGACACUUAGUAAACUUGCAGCAAGACUGAUGAAGUUGUAUGAUAUUCCACAAGAAUUAUGUCCAAACAUAAGUAAAGCCAGAGGAGUUGGAGCAUUGAGGUACCUUUUAUACAGAAGAUAUAUAGAGGGUAAGAUGGGUACAGGAAGUUGGGAAGAACUAGUAGAGAAUGCUGUUGGUGAUAAUGAUUAUUUGAAGGAACAGCUAGUAGAACAAUUAAUGUGUUAUAAUGAACUUACAGAAGCUGUUAAAUGGGCUAGACAUUUCAAGUUGACUGAUGAAUCUAUUCCAGAAGUGGUUGCUGUGAAAAGGAGAACAAUGGAUGAAGGAGAAAAUACACAAGAGCAAAAUGCAGAAGGAGAAAAUUGGGACGAUGACUGUUAUUCAGAAACAGAAAUGUCUGCUCACUAUUAUACUUUAAACUUACCAGAUGAUCAUAUUACUGUUAUAGAUACUAAAGAAAGGUAUCAGGCUUGUCUGUCUACUCUUACAAAGCCAGGAACUAUGAUUGGCAUAGAUGCAGAAUGGAAACCAAGUUUUGGUUCUCAAGUACAAAAGGUAGCUUUGAUACAGUUAGCAACAUAUGACCAUGCUUACCUGAUUGAUGUGAAGACUUUACUGACAAUUCUAACAGAGGAUGAUUGGCAGCUCAUGGUCAUAUCUGUCUUCUGUAAUCAAGAUAUUGUCAAACUAGGUUAUGGACUAGAUUCUGAUUUUAAAAUGUUUAUCAAGACAUUCCCUUUCAUGGAGAAAACCCUAGCUAAGAUGCAGAGAGUAGUUGAUUUGGAGAAAUUGGCACAAAAGGUUUUAGAUAAAGUGAUUAACUUUAUGCCAGAUACAGAGGAUGCAUCAGAUGAUGACAAAGAGGACGAUAAUGACAGUGGUAUAAACUUCAAGUUCCAGAAAAUAGAAGAAAGAGGUCUGAGUGAACUUGUUCGUCAGUGUUUUGGAAAAGCCUUAAAUAAAUCUGAACAGAUGUCUGACUGGGAGAGAAGACCACUUAGACAACCUCAGAUUAUAUAUGCAGCAUUAGAUGCCUACAUUCUUCUAAAGGUCUAUGACAAACUUGUGAAAAUAGCCAGAGAAGAACAUCUGAAAAUAGAUUUGGAACCACUAACUUCUAUGAGAUGGAUGAAAAUGAGUAGAGGAGAUAAGAAAAAGGCCAAGGCAAAGGGUCAGAAAAUAAAACCAAGGCUUCCCAAACAGUUGCCUCCAGGUCCAAACCAACAAUCACCAUACGAUGCUGAAUCACCGGUCUCUCCAGGGGAUUUUACAGUAGUGGUGGAUUCCAUGUUACAAGGACUUGGGAAACAACUGAGAAGUUGUGGUGUGGAUGUACAUAUACUUGAUAAUACUGAUAGUCAUGACAGGGCUAUAGAGAUCUGUCAAAAAGAGAAGCGUGUAGUUCUCACUUCAGGAAUGCCUUACACGAGGGUCCAAGGAAUAGUAGGAGAAAAAAUGUGUUAUAAUGUACAGACAACCACUGCUAGAGAACAAGUGGUAGAGGUUUUACAGUAUUUUAAUGUCAAGGUUACUGAAAAAGACAUAUUUAGUAGAUGUAAGGUAUGCAAUGGAAAUGUCUAUCUUCAAGUUCCAAGCAAUGUAUUUAAAGAAAAUUGGGUAAAGUUAAGGACAUUCAGUGACCAAGAUAAACCAAUCACAAAGCCCAAUGUCCAAUACGGCAUUAAUUGGUCAACCAUGACUGUUGUAAAUAACAAUGUUCCACUUCAGUUGGACUCUAUACCAGAGCCCAUGUUUGACAAAGUUAAUAAGUUCUUUUGUUGUGGAACUUGUGGUAAAGUAUUCUGGGAAGGAUCACACUUUGCUAAAGUAUGUGAUCAGUUUUCACAUGUUUUAGAUAUGACUGAUACAGGAAAGAAUAUUUAUAACAGUUGAUUACAAAAAAUGAAUUGUUUUGAGUUGAAGAUUAUUAUGCAGUUUUAAUAUUGAAAAUGAACUAAAUGGAUAAAAGAAUGGAUUGCUACAUUUAACAAUAUGUGCCUAUGAAGAUCAGGAGUACAAGUAAUCUACGGUAAAAUGACUGAUGUUUUUGAUGCAAUGUUAUUAAGUAUGUUGACUAGAUUGACAGUUGUUUAAUCAUUUAAUAUAUGCAAAAACAAAACAUGAAAAAUUAAAAUUUUGUAAAUACA